AUGUCCGCGGAUACAUGUGCAAAUUUAUCACUUCGGCAUGCUCGGCUUGGUGAUGGCAAGACGUGGCGCAGUAGUGCUGUGCAACUCGAGUACACUGUGAGACGAGAUGAAAAAAGAUGGGUCUACAUGCAUACUUAUUACGAGUCGGCCACCCACGAGGAAGAGCUGCAGUUAUCCGAUGCUUCUGGACAAUCCUGGCCCUAG